CGUGCAUUGAAGUGGCCCAGCAGAUGCUCGCUCACAGCGUUUAUCUCUGAUCAUGGUGACACUGGCAUGACCUAGAGUUGUGCUCAUGCCGAUUACACUGAACCAUGCUACUAUCACUCACGACCUAGGACUUCUCGACAGCUUGAAGUGUUCCCAAGAUCACUUGACUACCCGCCUGUGUUUGAGGGUAUUUCCAAUAACUUGUGACUUGGUCGUGGCCACAGGUUGCGGUGUAGGUGUUGCGCCAUGCCAAACCAUUUGUCUCACAUUGAAAAGCCCUCCUUUUUAUGGCACAUAAGGUCCUGGGAAGAUAUCCAAGCAGCCUCGCGGUUUACGCUUGCCAACUACCUCAAUGUCAUUCUUUUGAUUGUCUUUGUCUUCUUGGCGAUUAGACAGGCCAAGGUCAAACAGCAAGAAGCAGCAAAAGCCGGCCAUGACAACCGGUACCUCAAAGCCCCCGAGUUCCCACCAGUCGAAGAACAAGCGGACUUCGACUGGAAGACAACGGAACCAUUGCAGCUCCGGCCAUUCAAGCCCAAAUAUCACUUGACAAUGGCCGAGUCUGACGAAUCAGCACUUGAGAAUCUGUCGCCCUCGGAGCUGCUGAUGAUCGACAACACGUACGAGGAGCGCAUCGCAUACCGACGGCGCAUCAUGGCCGAGCACGGGAAACACGUUAUCAACGUGCACGACGACUUUCGGAUCCGCCCGGCCGUUGUCGAGCUGUACCAGUACCUCCUCGGCACGUACCUACCACUGCGGUUCCCGACGUUGUUCAAGCUGCACGAGACCGAGUACGAGCAAGGCAAGACAUUUAUGCUCGAGAAUCGUGUCACGGGGGCCCUGUUUCCGGCCAAAGUGACACCGCAGACGCCAACGGAGCAGCUUCUCCAUACCCUCGGCCAGACAGUGGAUGAAGACUUUCUAUUCCUCCUGCCGGAAGAGGACACUGAAGACCCCAAAUACGUCCUUGAGGCGUAUGUGAAUGUGUGCCCGUCAGGAUUUGAUCCGGCCGAAAAGCUCGGCAAGCGUCUGGCAGCCAUCCACGAGCCCGUUCCCGGCUAUGCCGCCAAGCUCGAGGGUAGCAUGGACCGCUUCUUCUCCAGAGUCGAGGCCGGCAAGUACGUCAAGCGGGUGAACUGGACCGUCACGACGCACAGCGAGCUGUUUGCGGCGGCAAAGGGUUCGACGCAUGCCCAUGAAGGUGACGUUGUCGAGGAGCUCGAUCACAUCGACGUCGACAAGACCUUUUUGCGCUGCGAGCGCCAAACCCUGCAUCGGCUGCCCAAGUCCCAAGCGCUCGUCUUUGCAUUCCAUACUUAUUUGUAUCCUAUCCAGCGGAUCAAGGAUGAAGGCCUCGGGGAGGAGCUGGCCACUGCAAUUGACGGUCUUAAAUCGGGCAAUGCCCCGCAGAUGCAUUUCUACAAACGAGGUGCUGUCUGGGGUGAAGCUGUCAAGAGAUAUCUCAGGAGUUGACGGUGUCAACGCAUACUUGCUUGACCUCUUGGGUGGAACCAGCAGCGCGUCUCUCUGGCACGAAUGAGACAAAACGAGGAUAAUGGCGUAUAUAGUUGUACAGUCAAGUAUAACUUUUGCCACUUUUACACCUGCUCUAAAUCUAACGUAGCCGCUCGACAACCUUGAUAAGAUCUGCAGUGACGCCCAUGGCCGUCACUUCGCCA